AUGCGCAUGAACAUCGUCGAACCUACGAGCGAGGUUCCGCCCCCAGGCACAGUUUUGCUAUUAGAUGAAUCUCAGAACCCGUUAGAGAAUCGACAUCUCAAGCACGGGACUGGAAAGCACUCCAACGUCGUCCUAGUUCCACAACCCUCAAAGGACCCAAACGAUCCCCUUCUGUGGUCAAGGUGGAGAAAAGAAGCAGCCUUCUUCACCAUUUUUCUCAAUGCCAUCAUAUUUGCCUCGUGCCCUGGUCCCUUGCUCUCAUCAUCGACCUUCGUGCUCUCCGGGAUACUCCACGUUCCACUUGGCAAGAUUUCUGAGCUGGGUGGUUACCAGCUUAUGGUGUCCGGUAUAGUAGGACCCUUUGUUUCGGUCUUGGCCCAAAAGUACGGGAAGAGGCCCCAGUUUGUUGCGGCUGGCGUGUUCGGCACACUUGGUACGGCAAUAUGCAUAGCUGGGGCUCAUCAGUCGUCGUACUCCGUCCUGAUGGCGGGGCGUGUGGUCCAGGGGCUUGGGGCCACAGCCUUCGAGAGCAUCUCCCUGGCAUCUGUUGGGGACCUCUACUAUCUGCACGAGCGAGGACGGCGGAUGGGCCUAGUGGUUCUGACAUUGGCCUGCAUGUCUUCGGUCGUGUCGAUAAUUAGCGGUGUUAUCACACAUAAUCUUGGGUGGGUUUAUCUGUUCGACAUAUCGCUCCCAUUCAAUAUUGUGGGGCUACUCGGAGUCAUCUUAUUUCUUCCAGAGACCCAGUUCAGGAGGUUAGUGGAUUCCGAGCAGCAACCGAGCGAUGCAGAGAUGCAGACGAAGGCAGACGAAACCCUGGUCAAGGCUAUGCAACAGCAGUCGGAUGGGGCUGUUCUCGAUAAGAGAAUCUCCCGACAGACGUAUAUUCACAGCCUACGCAUUUUUACUGGAACAUACUCCUCUGCAGGUUUUUUGAAGGGGUUUGCAAAUAUCUUUAUGCACUUGUUGAAUCCCGCAGUGGUUUGGAUCCUGACCACGACCGGUGUCAUCGUGGUAUGUGCUGUCCUUCAAGGAACGACAACACCCAAAGAUCUCGUUGCUGAUAUUCUGCACAUAAACCAGUCUCUAUUCACUGGCCUGGCAUACAUUCUAUCUCAGAUAUGGUCCGUUGCGCCCUACAGCCUUAAUGUUCAACAAUGCGGCUACUUCUUCACCGGAGCCUUUCUUGGCGGGAUUCUCGCCGUGUCCGGAGGCCCGAUCUGCGAUGCCGUCAGCCGUAGGAUGGCCCAUUUGAAUAACGGCAUCUACGAGCCCGAGUUUCGUAUCCCCGUGAACCUGCUUGCAGCCGCGAUACUAGCUCUCGGAUGGUUCGUUUUCAUGUGGAAUCUUGAUCAUCCAUCGCCCACGGGGUAUUAUCUCGGCGCAUUCUGCCACGGGUGUAUUGUAUUCGGCGUGACCAUUACGUCGACUACAGGCAGUUUGUAUAUAUUGGAUGCAUUCCCUCAGCAUGCCACGGAAAUCUUCAUCCUACAGAUGACAACUAAGAAUCUUCUCUUCUUCAUGUUCUCCAAGUUCAUCAAUGCUUGGGAGGUUCGCGUCGGGGGUGGACACAUCAUGAAGGUAUUCGGUGCCAUAACUAUGGCUCUCUUGGCAACUUCUAUCCCAAUGUGUUAG